AGUUUAUGUUUAAGCAAUAUAUACUUUAUAUUAGUAUACAGCUUAUGUUUAAGCAAAUGAAAUCGAGUCAUGAGUUAGAAAAUUAUAAAUUUUUCGAGUAUUGAAUGGUUAAAUUCAAAAUGAAGUUUGCUCUUGUAACUGUUGGCACUUCUCUUGCUACAGCAGCUGUAAUUACAAAUGCUUUUGUACAAAAGAAACAGUUUUAUCCAUCAGUAGUUUUCUUAACAAAAUCGAAUUCUAGCUUAGCAGUGUUAUAUGCUCAAGUAUUUGUCCUGCUAUUUUUAAUUGGAAAAGCUCUCCGUAGAAUAUUUUUUGGACAGCUGCGUGCAGCAGAGGUUGAGCAUCUUAUUGAAAAAUUUUGGUAUGUAAUUACUGAAACAUGCUUGGCAUUCACUGUUUUCCGUGAUGAUUUCAGCCCUAAAUUUGUUGCUUUAUUUACAUUUCUACUUUUUAUGAAAGCUUUUCAUUGGUUAAUGGAAGAUCGUGUUGAUUAUAUGGAUCGAACACCAGUUAUAAGUUUUCUAUUCCAUUUGAGAGUAAUAAGUUUAAUGAUGUUAUUGGGCACUCUUGAUUCUGUACUUAUUCAUCAUGCAUUUCGAAUUACACUUUCAAGUGGAGCUUCAGUUCAAAUGGUAUUUGGUUUUGAGUAUGCAAUUCUGUUAACUAUGGUUAUAGCAACAGCAAUGAAGUAUAUGCUACACAGCAUUGAUAGUUACUUUGAACAUCCUUGGGAAAGUAGAAAUGUAUAUUUAUUAUAUUCUGAACUAAUAACAGGUUUUGUAAAAUGCUGUUUAUAUGUUUCAUUUGUUGGAUUAAUGGUUAAAAUUCAUACUUUCCCAUUGUUUGCUAUUAGACCAAUGUAUUUGACAAUUAGAAACUUCAAAAAGUCACUAAGUGAUGUAAUACUUUCUCGUCGUGCUAUUACUUAUAUGAAUACAAGGUUUCCUGAUGCCACAGAAGAAGAGUUACUUCGAUUAGAAAAUACUUGCAUAAUUUGUCGUGAACAAAUGUUGAUUGGAAAGAAACUGCCUUGUAAUCAUAUUUUUCAUACAUACUGUUUGCGCUCUUGGUUUCAAAGACAACAAUCGUGUCCAACUUGUCGAAUGGAUGUGCUUUCUCAAGCAGCACAAAUGGCACGUCCAUCUUCUGUUCCACAGUUUUCUCCGCCUCCCCCACAGCCACAGCCUGCACCUCAAAGCUCUCCUUUGUUUGGGAUGUCUCAAGCACAAAGUUUUAGUCCACCCAGCAUGGCUCCUCCUGUUGUAAAUACCACUAGUAUGCCAUCAGCAUCUUCUACGACAACUUCUACUACAACAGGAUUGUUUAGUUUCCCACCCACAUUUACAUUUCCACCACCUCCUGGAUUUAUGAGUGACACAUCAUUUUUUAAUCCUAAUAUAAAUAGAACUUCGUCUUUUGCUUCAAUGAAUUUAGGAAUGGCUGGAAGCUUACCUUUUCCUCCUUUUCCAAUGUUUUCUCCUCCUAAUAUAAACUUUGGCCAACUAACUGACGAACAGUUGAAAUCUAUGGAAGGUCAGGAACGUGCCAAUGUGGAAGCUCGAUUACGUAUACUAAGAAAUGUUCAUACGUUGUUAGAUACUGCCAUUUUGCAGUUAAAUCAAUAUUCUCAAGUUAUUAAUAAUUUAAACCUCUUGAAUCAAUCAAAUAAUAUUCAGUCUUUUCUGAACCAACAGUCAACAGCCUCACCUACGUCUUUAAGCCCUUCCAACGUGCAAAAUACUUCUAAUGAAGUUCGGACAUUAGGUUCCAACUCGAGUUUAUUUACAAAUACAAAAUCUGCAACCUUUUCUACACAAAUAGUUACUCCAGUUAAAGACACAAUCUCAAACUGUGAGACGUCUGCAGGAUCAAGUACAGAUAUGGAAUUGAGACGCCGAAGAUUAGAGCGUUUUGAAAGUUUAACUAAAGAACAAAAGAAGGAUACUGAUAAUGUUUAGUGCUUGGAUUUCUAAGUUAUAAAAAUAGAUGAAAUUUCUUACA